AUGGCUUCAACUUUUUUCAUCAGUCGACAGGCACUUUCGCGUUCUGAACGUUGUAUUGUUUUUCAUAUUGCAAGCGAUCGUCGUGUUAUAGUGUUGAACAUUCACUUUCCUAAAGCAUUGGAAGACUCCUCUUCACUAUUGGUACCAGAUCCAAUAAUUACAGAAAAUGGUAGUCCAUCAAGUUUUAUUCGAGGUGAUUCAGCUGUCCCAUUUUUGCAUGCUCCGUUUUUCAUGGUGCUCGUAAAUUUUUCAUUCACUGAUUCUCCUACUGCUUUUUCAAUUGCAUUAUAUACUGGUUGCACAAAAAUUGCCAAUAUCGCAUUGAACUUUGGAAUUCCACGUACCAUCGCUAACAAUGCUUCUAGUAACCUGUUAAGAUUGUUGCCUGGUGGACUCUGUGCAAAUGGAUACAAUCAGUAUGCGUUAAGGGUUUUUGUCGAGCAUGAUAAUUCUCAUAUGCAUCAAUCUCCUGGGAGCGAUGCUUUCAGAAACGCUUCAUUCACACUCUUUUCUUUCAAGUUCCAACUUGGUUUUAAUACUAAGCUUGCGAACCGUUGUCUUAUGACGAUAUGUAGCUGGAUUGGAAUUGCACGCCAACUUCAAUUUCUUUCACGCCUUUUUUGUUCCAACCCAUGGAAAAUAACUAAUGAGGCUCAAAAAAUCCCUUUUGUUGAUGAAUUGCCAAUUGAAUUUGGCGAGAAUUCGAUCAAAUGA